AUGAAGAAAGCUUUUUUACCAAACUUGGGGAAAAAAAACGAAAAUGUAGAAACCUUGAGCAAAAUCAGCUCCAUGAUAAACCACAUGAAAUUGAUUGACGACAGUCUGAAGAAUUUAUUUUUAUCGGAGGAUGACCUGAAUAGCCAUGACGCCUUUUUGUUGUUUCGAGGAAAAGUCGCAAAGAGGAUUGUCCACUACUCCAACCUAGCUGCGGAAUGCAAAGACAAGAUCCUUUGCGCCGAGGUGUCCGAUGAGGACGCGGAGGACAUCAAGCAGCAGUUCGAGUACCACCAAGGGAAUGUGGAAAGUGACGACCAUGGGACAUUCUCAGAGUCAGAAGAGAAAAAACAAACGGAUGCAAAUUUAAAAGACACGAAGCAAAUGAUGAUUGACGAAAUUAACAGAAUGAAGAGUGUCAGAUCGGAGUUACUCGAAUCGUCCCACAAAUUGAGGAAGCAGGAUCAAAUAUUUAACAUGUUCGAGUCGAAAAUAAAAUCCAGCACGCAGCUGUUAUUUUCUUUAAAAAAAAAGGCCCAAAAUGACACACGAUAUGUGUGGUAUUCUUUUUUCUUCUUUCUGAGUGUGUGCUCCUAUAUUAUCAUGCGCAGGCUGGGCGUGAUCUGGGCCCUCAUAACAGUCAUCAAAUUGCUGCUUUCACUGAUGCUCUACUUGGUAAAACUCGCGUUAGGUAUGUUUCAUUUUGUUAAGAAGGGUAAUGAGGAAAAGGGAGCAAAUGGGGGAGACGAUUUGGGGAAAACCUUUGUUCCCAUUCCAGUUACGACAGAGUUGUGA